UGAUGGACACGAAACUAUGCUGUUGCCAUCAUGGAUAGGUAUUAGGUACUAUACUUACUAGGUACCUACUCGUAGCAACUGACUUUGUUUCGAAACUUAGUAACUACAAGGCCAUUUAGGCAAACCUAAUCCUUAUUGCUAAAAUUCAAACUACAUAUUUCCAACGGUUUCCAAUGAUAUAGCUACGGGUAGGUAGUAGGUCCCUAGUUACAUCUCAGUGCAAAAAUCGCGAUGGCGAAGCGAUUUUGUGAUGCUCAAUAUACUCUCUGUUACUCUAGCUGGUACUGAUUAACAAGUAAAGAUAUUGAAAUUUAACUACGGCCAGCUAAUAAAUAGCAACAUGUCAAAAGAAUAUCGAAGACGAAUUUCUUCGAAUAAAAUUAGCGGUCUUGUUAACAACCGAUGUGGAAGUAACAAACAGAAAAUGCAGGUGCGAACUUAUCAACCUACUUAUCAAUUACAUUCAAGAAAACGCUUCAAUAUUGAAGACGUCGAAAAAACCCUACAGCGUAUUGUAACAUCGGAAUUAGAGGAGGUGGAAUAUAGUGAUAAGACCGCUGCAGACCUGUGCCUCAGCUUGACAGAAAAUAUUAGGACAGCUAUAAAAGAAGAAAAUUAUGACAGGUAUAGAAUAAUCGUAGUCGUGAGCAUAGGCCAGCGGAGGCAGCAGAGCGUUCACGUGUUCCACUCGUUCCUAUGGGACCACGAGCGCGACGGAUAUGUCUCCUACAACUUUGAGAAUUGCCACAUGUUUGCUAAUGUCGUUGUGUAUGGAAUCUACUUUGAUUAAAAAGUUUGUUUAGUUGCCUUUAAAUUUUCAUCUG